AUGUUCGAAAGUGUCGUGUCACCACCCCAGGUACGUGGUCGAGUACCUCGGGUUCAGACAGUCGCAAGACCGGCCGUUGCGACCAAUAUCAUCGAUAUCCGCAGUGAUGAAGCAGAGACACAGCUCCGCCAUUCGCUCGAAGAGUCCAUCCAUGCGGCCUGUCACGGGGAGGCUGCCAUGCCGGAGCUUCUUCUCUGGGAUGAGAAGGGACUACGCUAUUUCGAAGACGUGACAUAUGCUCCAUCCUACUACCUCACCAAUGAAGAGAUCGGUCUGCUCGAGAAGCACAAAUACCAGAUCGCAGAACACAUUCCUUCCGGCAGUAUGUUGAUCGAGCUAGGCAGCGGAAAUCUCCGCAAGAUCAAGAUCCUUCUAGAUGCUCUAGAUGAAUUGGGUCGGGAAGUGGACUACUUUGCCUUGGAUGUUUCGUAUCAAGAGCUCCACCGGACUCUCAGCAUCGUGCCCCCGGGGACAUUCCGUCAUGUCCGCUGCUUCGGGUUGCUGGGAACCUACGACGAUGGUCGGGACUGGAUGCAUUUGCCCGAAAUCCGUUCGCGAUCCAAGACCAUUCUCUCCUUGGGAUCAACACUAGGCAGUUUCCAGCGGCCAGAAGCAGCCGACUUUUUGGCUAGCUUCGUCACCCCCGAAAGUAACUCGUCAUUGCUCAUUGGCUUGGACGGAUGCAAAGACGCCGAUCGCGUGCUGGCAGCUUAUAACGAUCCCGAGGGGAUCAAUCGACAAUUCAUCAAGCACGGCCUUGAACGCGCCAACGAGAUCCUAGGGCCGGAUACCUUUGAUCUCGACAAAUGGGCUGUCAUUGGCCGCUGGGAUGCAGCGCAGGGAAGCCAUAACCAGUACUAUCUCCCUUCAGAAGAUGUGUCUCUGGCGGGCAAGACCAUUCCGGCGGGCCGGAGGAUAUUGGCAGUCAAGAGCCAUAAGUACGAUGCUGAUGACAGGGAUGCGUUGUGCCGGAGGGCAGAAUUGGCUGUUGGUGAUGCAUGGGCAUCAAAGAACCAAUACAAUUUACUAUAUCUUGAGAAACCAUAG